AUGGAACUAAAAUCAAAUUUUGGUACUACAAAAGGUACUAUCGAUUCCGAGAAAUCCUUAAUUGAUAAAAUGUAAACAGAACUAAAAGGGGUGUUCUUUAGAGUGAUAUAACUUAUGUUAAAAGAUGAAGAACAGUCAAUUCCUUUUACGUGCAUUGGAAUAUUGUUACAAUACAUGCAGAUCACUUAUAUAGUAUUUAAUAGGUAGAUUUGGAGAGUAUGGCAAAAUGAGAUUCUAUCUAAGUAGCUUAAUAAAAUAUUUGGGUAAAGGCUUUUCUUAAUUUAGAUAUGUCCUCUUGACACCAUAUUUUGAAAUGAUAAGUUUUUCUGGUUUUGCAGCUAUGAUGUAUGUAUGUUUAGGACUAGUUUUAUUUGCAUUGAUGCUCAUCUUCUUAUUAAGCUAUAGUAUCAGUAAAUCUAAGAGUUCAUUUACAUGGCCAAUCAUGCUGCUAAGGUUUUUGAUAAGCAUUUUUUUGCAAGUACUAUAUAUGCCUAUCAUUGAUUUGUUAUUAUCUAUGUUGGCAUGUUAAUCUGAUUAAAAUGGUGUGCUCAAACAUCUACUUUUUGAAAUUGAAUGUUGGUCUAAUAUUCAUAUUGUACAUGCAAUUGUAGCAAUCUUUGGAACUAUUUUAUUUUUUAUACUCUGUAUUUUAUUUUCCUUAUUAUACUAUGAGUCAAGGUAUUAAUCACACGAAGCUUCAUCAAAAUUGACAGGAAGAGCAAAUGCAGUAUUUUUGACAUAUGAAUUGAUAAUGGUUAUUUGUUACACAUUUAUGAAUGGUAAGAAUUAUGAUUAUUUGAUGAUAUUAAUUAUGAUGAUAGGAAGUUUCACUAUUUUUUGGAAAAUUCAUGUUGAUGCUCCAUUUAAUAAUAUGUAUAUAUAAAAAGCUUGGUCUAUGUUGGUGGCUAUGAAUAUGUGGGGUACAACUCUAUUAUGUUUUUCUAAAUUUUUAGAAGGAGUUUUAUUUUAUGGUACUGUCUAUGCUUGGUUAGCAGGAUUACCAUUAAUGAUAAUUGCUAUAAUUAGAAGUGAAAAAAUGCAUUAUGAUCUCCUUUUAUUAAAUCUAAAUAAAGUUUAGGAUCCAGAUUAAGUUCUUUAAUUGACAAAUCAUUUAUUGAAAUUAUUUUACAAAUCUUAAUAAAAUUAAAAUUGUUCAUUGUUACUAGAUGGUUUUUUAGAAAUACAUAAAGCUACUUGUACAAGAGAAGAUUGUUAUUUAAAAUAAAAGAAAUUAAACAAUUAGAGAUAAUAAAAACCAUUAUUUAAAGAAGGAACAGUUACUGAAAGAGAUGUAGAUCUCUUGAUGGUGAUGGGUUAAAUUUAUUUUAAUUUAAUCAAAAAAUUUCCUAAUGAAAUUAGUCUACGUAUAAGGUAUUCAUUCUUCUUACUUGAUAAUAUGAAAUAGAGACAAUAAGCAUUAAAUGAAUUAAUAUAAGCAGAAUAAUUAUGUCCUAGUUUAGAUAAUGAAUUUAUAAUAUUUAGAUAUAAAAAAGUAAUAGAAGAUGAAAUGAAUGCAGCAUAAAAUGAAAAUUUAGGUAAUUUGGAUGUUGCAACAGAAUUAGCAUUUUAAAAUCAUAUGAGAUCAUUUUAAAAUAAAAUAGAAAGAGCAACAUUAAUGCAUAUGGAUUUUUGGUCUUAAUUAUAAGAAGAUUCACCUGAUUUAGGUAAAAUGAAUGAUAUUGGUGCUAAAAUAAAUUUAGCUAUUACUUAAGUUGAAGAAUUAUGGAAUAAAAUGUAAAAAAUGACUUAAAAUUUACCAAAAGCAAUGAGAUUAUAUGGAAAAUUUAUAAUUGAAGUAUUAUAAGAUAAAGAUUAUGGAGAAGAAUUAUUAGAUAGAUCUAGAAAUUUAUAGACUUAGAAUAAUAAGAUGAAGAAUAAGACAACAAUAUCAUUAAUAAGUAGUGAGGAGAUUGGUUAAGAAUCAUAACCAACUUUAUUGGUAUCAACAGCUUAAGAAAAGUUUGCAUAGAUAACAAAUUUGAAUUUGGCAUGUUGUAAUUUAUUUGGUUAUAAUAAAUCUGAGAUGAUAAAUCGUAAGAUUAAUAUAUUUAUGCCAAAUUUAUAUUCUAAAUUUCAUGAUGCUCAUAUUGAGAAUUAUUUAUCAUCAAAUGAUAAUAGAAAUAUAAAUAAGGAGAGAUUAGUGUAUGUAAAGAUGAAAUCAAACUAUAUAACACCAUGUUAUAUAUAUUUGAAAGUAAUAUAAUCAAUAGAUGAUAAUGUUUAAUUGGCAGCAUAGUUUAGAAUACCAAAAUCAUUUAAACCAUGCUGCUAUUUAAUAUUAGAUAGUGAGGAAGUGAUAGAUUCAAUAUCAUCAUCUUGUAUACCUCUGCUGAAUAUAGAUUCAAAAUUAAUUUCACAUAAAAAGACUCCAAUAACAGAGAUACUUCCAAAUUAUAUGCAAUAGAAACAAUUGUUUUUAUCUAAAGUAGGAGGUCCAAUAGUAUUUAAUCCUGCUACUCAAUCAGGUGUAAGUAAUAGUCAAUUAGCAUCUCAAGAAUUUGAAGAUUAGGAUAGGAAAGAUGAUAAUAUUCAAUUCUAAUGUUAUACUUAUGAAGUAAUGAAUGAAAAUCAGGAUUAAGUUGUUGGAUAUAUUGUAAAACUAGAAUAAUAAGGAACAGAUACUAGUAUGAAUUUAGAAAUCAAUAAUUUAUAAUAGAAAGUGAUUAGUAAUAGUAUGCAAUUUAAAUAUAAUCCAUCUAAAGCUCUUUAUUUAGGUGAAUAUGUUGCUGAUACUAAUUCAUAAAGAGUGGAUUAAACUAUUCUUUGGGAUUAGAAUGAUUAAUCAUCUAUGGUUUCUUCAGUCUAAGGAGGAGCGGAAAUAUUUAAAUCCUAAGUAAAAACAGAAAAAUCAGAUGAAUAAAAUGUAUAGUUAUAAUAAAUUAAAAUAAAUUAUGCAGAAGGAAUUAAAACUUUAAGAUUAUUUGAAAAUAGAGUAUAAGAUAUUGAUGAUAGAGAAGAAAUGAUGUCAGAAGAAGAUGAGUAAGGAAAGAGUGUUUUCUAAAGAUAAUAAGAUGUAGAUAAUGAUUAAGAAGGAUAACUAUAGGAUUUUAAUAAUGUUUUUAGAUCUAGAAAGAAUUUAUCUAUUGUAGUUAAUAGUUAAGUUAUACCUCCUGUUGUUACUAAAUUAAGUUGGACUGCUAAUAUUUUAAUUCUUGUAUUAGUAGCAUUAAGUUUUGCUGAUUUCUUUGUUUGUUAAGCAUAAUAUGAUGAAAUCUUUAAUACAAUCUUAUUAGUUGAAGAUACAAAUUUAAGAACAGCUGAAUUACAUACUAUUCUAUCAUCAGUUUAAAAUUUAUAGAUGUUAAAUUUAAAUAUUUGGCAAUUCAAUACAACUGCAGAUAUUGAUGCAUUUGAAUAAUCUGAAAAAUAAAAACUAAAUGAUUCUAUUUAAAUGGUUUCGCUUCUAAAUAAAAAUUUGAUGUUGUCUGAAAUCUUUAUUAGUGAUUAAUUAAAUGAAUUAUAGAGUGAAAAUGUUGUUAAAAUGAGGUUUGGUGAUGAAUAUCAACAAUAUGAUAUAAUGGAAGCUACUUAAUAAAUUGUAAGUAAGGCUUUAAAUGUUAGAGAUAAGGUUUUAAAUAAAAUUCAAUUUGAGGAUGAUGAUGUUGGAUUUAUCAUUUAUAAUCUACUCAAUGAUCUAGUUUUUUAAUUAAGAAACUCAAGUAAUUUAUAUGCAAUAGGUUUAACUUAAAAAACUACUGAAAAAAAAGAAACCUUUUUGUUAAUUUUAGGUAUAUCUGCAGGAGCCCUAGGUUUGGGAUUAAUUCUAUUGACAAUUAUAACAUUAUCUGUAAAUAAAACACAAGAAGAAAUAUUAUCAAUGUUCUUAGAUAUACCAGAUAAAACAGUCAAGUAUUUAUAUAACAAAAGUGAAAAUUUCAUUUCUAAUUUAUAAAUUGGAGAAGAAGAAGAAGUAUUAUCAGAUUUAGAAGAACUUGAAAAAGAAGAAUAAGAGGAACUAAAUAGAACACUCAAGAGUAAAAGAAAAAAGAAAAAGUUUAAGAAUACUAAUAAAGAUUAACGUAAUUAUAUUUUUGCUUUCUUUUUAAUCAUCUUAAUUUUGUAAGCUUAUUUUAUUUUUAAUUAUUUUAUAUCAGAUACACUUUUAAGUAAUUUAGCAUAACUUGUACCUGAAAUAAAUGCUACUUGCAGAGCUGAAGGAUUUUAUCGAUUUGCUGAUAAUUCUGAAAGAUCACUUUAUAUUAAUAGAAAUAUGACAAUUUUGAAUGAAGACUCUUACAAAAUAGUAAAAUCGAAUAUUGACUAAUUAUAUGCAUUAGAUUCUUCAAUUCAUUAAGAACAUUCACUAAAUGUUGAUAUAACAAAUUCAAUAUAUUCUGAUGCUUUUAGAUAAAUUUUUAUGCUUUAGCCUUGUACAAUAUUAUCUUAAGAAAUGAAUGAAAUGACGGAAACUGAUUGCUAAACUUUUGCUGAUGGUGCUAUGUAUUAAGGAAUGGCAGUUGGAGUAGCUCGUUAUUUCGAAAAUAUAAGAUAUAUAAUGACUAUAUAUGAUUAAUUUUGGAAUAAUUCUAAUGCAAACUUUACAGCAAUUGCAAGAGGGUUUACAACUUUUAAAAAUAUCACAAAGGAUUCAGAUAAUAUUAGGAAUAAUAUUCUUAAUCUUAAUAACUUUAAUUAAUCCAAAGAAGCAAGAGUUAUUUAAGAAUCUUACAAUAGAGGUAUCUGUAUUUGAUUAUUAACUAUAGGCACAUUUAGAUAUUUGAUGAGCUAAUUAGAGAAGGGUAUCAAUAAUGAUAUAGAUAGUGCAAAAACUCAAAGAUUGGCAUUAUUUAUUGUUUUUGAAGUAUUACUUUUUAUAAUUUACUUCAUUUUGUGGUUACCACUUGUAUUAAAGAUGACAAGAGAUAUAUGGAGAACAAGGUCGAUGAUAAUGAUGAUUCCAUUGAGAGUAAUACAAAGAAUUAGAUCAAUUAAAUAAUUUAUAAAAGAAUUCUUACAUGCAAAGGAUAUUGAUACUUGA